UGAGGCAGAGGCUGCGAGGCUGGCGGGGUGCUCACACUAGCGCCCGCUGCCGCCGGGCAUGGAGGGCGCCGAAGCGGCCGCCCUUGGCAGCGGCAGCCCCGUGCAGCCCCGCUGCUCCUCCUGCGGCUCCGCGCCGGCCGGCGGCGGCGAGGCGGCGGCAGCAGCGGCGGCCAUGGAGGAGCCGCUCGGGGAGGCUGCGUCCCCGGGAGUAGCGGCGGCGGCGGGGCCGAGGAAGAAGCAGGCGGUGAAACGGCACCACCACAAACACAACCUCAAGCAUCGCUACGAGUUCCUGGAAACGCUGGGGAAAGGCACCUACGGCAAAGUCAAGCGGGCCAUCGAGCGGUUCUCUGGCAGAGUGGUUGCAAUAAAAUCCAUUCGUAAGGACAAAAUUAAGGAUGAACAAGAUAUGGUUCACAUCAGACGGGAGAUUGAGAUCAUGUCAUCCCUCAGCCACCCUCAUAUCAUCACCAUAUACGAAGUGUUUGAAAACAAAGAUAAGAUUGUGAUCAUCAUGGAGUACGCAAGUAAGGGAGAGUUGUAUGACUAUAUCAGUGAGAGGCGACGGCUGAGUGAAAGAGAAACAAGACACUUCUUCCGACAAAUAGUCUCUGCUGUGCAUUACUGCCACAAGAAUGGUGUGGUCCACAGGGAUCUAAAAUUGGAAAACAUCCUUCUUGAUGACAAUUUUAAUAUUAAGAUUGCUGAUUUUGGACUCUCCAACCUUUAUCACAAAGACAAAUUUCUGCAGACCUUUUGUGGAAGCCCACUGUAUGCUUCUCCUGAAAUUGUUAAUGGACGACCUUACAGAGGCCCAGAGGUUGACAGCUGGGCCCUUGGUGUAUUGCUUUACACUCUGGUUUAUGGAACCAUGCCCUUUGAUGGCUUUGAUCACAAAAAUCUCAUCAGGCAGAUCAGCAGUGGAGAAUAUCGUGAACCAACGCAGACCUCAGAUGCUCGUGGUCUCAUCAGAUGGAUGCUGAUGGUGAACCCUGAACGCCGAGCAACCAUUGAAGAUAUUGCCAAUCACUGGUGGGUUAACUGGGGCUACAAGAGUAGUGUUUGUGACUGCGAUGCCAUGAGAGAUUCUGAGUCUCCAUUGCUAGCGAGGUUCAUUGAUUGGCAUCACCGCUCCACUGGCCUCCAACCAGAGACUGAUACAAAAAUGAAGUGCCUUUCUAAGCCCAAAGGUCCCGAAGUCACACUAGAGAGACAAAGGUCUCUGAAAAAAUCAAAAAAAGAAAAUGACAUUGCACAGUCCAUCCAGGAAGGAGGAGCUGAAAAUGCAUCCAAACCCACUUCUAAAAGACCCAAAGGCAUCCUGAAGAAAAGGAGCAACAGUGAACAUCGAUCUCACAGUGCAGGGUUCAUUGAAGGUGUGGUCAGCCCAGUGUUACCCUCUGCUUUUAAGUUGGAGCAAGAAUUGUGUAGGACUGGUGUAGCCAUUAAAACUGUUGUGGAGGGAGAGGUAGCUGGCAAAUAUGGCACUAAACAGUCUUCACUAAUGCCAAAAAAAGGAAUCUUAAAGAAGACUCAGCAGAGGGAGUCUGGCUAUUACUCCUCCCCAGAACGAAGUGAAUCUUCUGAACUCUUGGACAAUAAUGAUGAAACAGUAAACAGUGACACCUGUCCGGGGGUCACAGAACCAUCCAGAAAUGGGUCUUACAGCCAUUCCUGCAGGCGUAAGGGUAUCUUGAAACAUAAUGGCAAGUAUUCUACCAGCAGCACUGAAUCUGCUUUAAUUAGCCCUGAUACACCAACGCUGGAGGCCAUGGAAGAAGUAGUCCUGCCUGGAGAUGCAUUACCUCGAAGUUAUAGUCGCCCUUCCAGCGUGAUUAGCGAUGACAGUAUUUUGUCCAGCGACUCCUUUGAUUUGCUGGAUUUGCAAGAGAACAGGCCAAACAGACAGAGGAUACGGAGCUGUGUCUCUGCUGAAAAUUUCCUGCAGAUCCAAGACUUUGAAGGACUUCAGAACCGCCCACGGCCGCAGUAUCUAAAACGAUAUCGCAACCGUCUGGGGGACAGCAGUUUUUCCCUUCUCACAGACAUGGAUGAUGUGACUCAGGUCUACAAAAAAGCCCUAGAGAUCUGCAACAAGCUCAACUAGCAGCAGGAAGAUGGAAAGGGAGGGAAGGGAGUUGUUCUGCGUACCUUUAUGGUGGAGUUAGCCAGGUUACUAUUUGCUGAUAAUGGUAGGCUUUCCUUCAAAGGACCUGACUGUACCUACUUAACUGAAUUCCUAGUAAAGUCUUGAGUAGCCCUAAAGUCAUCUCACACCUCUCUAAUUUUGUGUCUUCAGAAUAUUACCUAGCUGACCAGAGCAAAACGUUUGGUCUUUGUAUAGGUGAUGAAAGUGUAUUAGGAUCUAGCAAACAAAAGCAUUGAGAUUUAAUGGCUUGGAGUGAAAGCUAGGCAGAAUUAAAACUGGAAACAAGACACACACAUUUUGAGAGGUUUCUAAUUCAUAUUAAGUUAGCUAUAUCAAGAGAUAAGCUGAAUUCUUUGGGUCAAUUUUGGAUGUCUUUCAGAAAGAGAACUGUUAUUUUCCCUUGAAGUUACUCAUCAGGAUACAGACAUCAUUUAAUGUUGAGAGUUUUCAUCUUGCAUUAUGCAGCAGGCCAGGCUGGAUGGUCGCCCUGGGAUAGAUAAUUUGUGAGUGUAUGACUUUGCACAGCUGUAUGUGUACAAGGAUUGGAGUAGGCAUUCACAUCUGGCCUUUCCUACAGCCAUUGCUCUUCAGAGAGCAGUUGGCCCUAAAAUUCUUUCCAAUACCACACCUACCAGCAAAAACAGAGUUAGGGUAAUGAGAAAGGGAGCCCAAAGAAAUGGGGAUAAGCAGUGACUCUUCCAAGCAUUUCAACCUGUGUGUUUUAUUUGUGACUUUUUGAAAGAGGUCACCCAGAUGGAUGCCCAGAGAUAGGAACCAAGGGCUAACAGACCCUCCAGCCUUGAGUUCAGUCACUGUCAGCAAAUGGUUCCACCUUUCUAUUAGCUUGUAGUAUCUGAGGGGGACAGGUAGUUUGAGACCAGAAUGUUAGGUAAUGAAAAGGUUGUAGCAUGUAGGAAACGGAUAGAAGUCAGAAAGUUGUUGGAAACAUGCCUUUCUCCAAAUGAAAAUAUUUCUAAGUAGGUAGUAAUGGAGCAGAAAGAACUGAGCGAUGAAAUGAUAAUUGUAGAUUUGAUAACAGAGCUAGCAUAAAAAUGCAGGCCUCCAUAUCGAUAGCAUAGCUGGUACUGCGUGUCCAGUGAUGCCAGCUUGAAAAAAUGAGAAAGGUGUUUGUGUGUUCUCACAUACACCUGAAUAUCAAGACCAAAGGCUUCAACUCCCAUAAAGGUACCACAUGGGUCUACUGGAUUAUCUGAAUGUAAGCCUAUGUCAGAAAGGCACUGUGUGUUUGACAGGCCUGGGCAAACUGGAAUCGUAAGGCCCAUUUCACUCUCAUUUACAUGAGCACAUAGCCCCUAGCUUUCUUGGAGGUACACUGGUGUGAAUACCUGGCAGGUUUCAGCCAAUGAUGUCAAAGAGCCACAGCUGCAAAAACCAUGUAGACAGGCAUACUCAGAAGAGAGAAGCAUGGGGCAAACUCUGUUCUCACUCCUCCCCUGGAACUGGAACUGAAAGCAGACUUUGGCCCACUAUAUCCAAAAUGCUAAAUACUAUGCAGAAAUGGAAUAGGGAUCCUCUGAUGAUUCUUUGAGAAUCAGGCAUAACCCCACAAACAUUGGCAUCUGGGACAGGGAGCAGUUUCACUUGCAGAUUGUUUAUUCAUGUCACGGUACUUCAAUGUGCUGGUUCCUCCUGAAAACCAGCCAGCAUAAAGAUAAACGAGCUCAAGUUUUCUAAGUCAGUUAAUCCGUUUCUGUGGAGAACCUUUUCUUUAUUAUGAAACACUGGACCAAAUUUGGCCCUGAAUUCAAUGCCAUCAGUACCCACAAAGUCUAAGAGAGAUGUGCUCUCAGGCGGUCAAGUGAAAUGUGGCUCACUGCUCAUUUGCUCAGGAAGGGCAAUUUCAGGGCAUUUCUCUGUAGAUGUAGGAUACUUUCAGUAUGAUGCUUGGAGAUCCCGUCUUCUCACAGGCCCUGCAUUUGCUCCUAUAGUCCAUCCAAAGCCAACACCCUAUUUUGCAGUGUAUUUAAUUAACAGGCAGCACAGUGGCCCUGGAGCAGAAGGGCCAGAUCCUGAGCCGGCGCACCUCAGCUCUGUCAUGUUGAUGUGAGAGAGCAGCACUUCAGUGGGGUUGUGCUGAGUGAUGCCUUCCCUGUGGGUCCGCUGCUGAAUCCUGAGUGGAUUUACAGGGGUUUUAGGAUGAAGGGAAAAGAACUCGACCAGCUGCAGCAGGGAAUGAGGAGCGCCCUGAAGGCUCGAAUCUACCUAGGCUUUUGCCCAGGCCUUCCUUAUGUACAAAUGUGAAUGAGUGAGUGACUGCUUGCUGCCAAACUGGAAAUGUUACAUAGGGAUUUACUGGCAUGUUACUGGCAUGUUACAUGUUUACUGGCAUGUUAUCAUUCCUAGAGAAGAAAAAAAAAACAAAAAAACACAAACAAAACACUUGACUGCACAUUGUUAUUAUUAGUGUUGUGAUUCUUAUUUAAUUUUUUUUUGUAAUACAAAGUUGGCUUUUUUAUUUGAAUUUGUCUUUCUUUUUUUUUCCUUUUUUUUCUUUUUUAUUUUUUUAUUUUUAUUUUUUUUUUAAUUUAUUGGUCUGAAAGCCAUUUCAAAGGUAUAAUAAUAUAUUCGGUGUAAUUUAAUUGGUGCAACAUUAUUUUACAGCUCCGGCCAAAAUCGUUUGGUGUUUUUUUGUUUUGUUUUGUUUUAUUAUUUUUUUUCUCCCUAUCCUCGGUUGGUUUGAGCUCUAGGAGGCACACAGGGGAAAACGCUGGAUAAUCACCCAAAGUGUAUUUUUAAUCUGAUACUGUUUUUUAUUAAAUAAAAUGGAAUUAAUGUAACUGUGAA